CUACAGACAAGAGACGGGGCAUCAGCCCAGGCGCGGGCCGUUUCCCGCUAGAGCCGCGCCUCUUCAGGGGAUGGAGCCUAGACGAGAGCGCCUGUGCGCAUGCGGAUUGUACUAGAGUUUCCAGUUGGCAUUUGUCCGGUCGGAGGUUCCAGCUUUCCUUUGGGUGAGGGGAUGAGGGGCAGAUAGGCCUCUCUGGGAACUACUUUUUCUCUUGCGUCCUCGGACCUGCGAAGGAUCUAGACAACGAGGCUUCUUCAUACGCAUCCGCCCCCCGACGGAGGGGUGGGGGGGUCCGUAACCAUGGCAAUGACUGGUCCAGCACCUUGCUCAUCUAUGAGCAACCAUACCAAGGAGCGAGUUACAAUGACAAAAGUGACAUUAGAAAACUUCUACAGUAAUCUGAUUGCACAGCAUGAAGAACGGGAAAUGAGGCAAAAGAAAUUAGAAAAAGUGAUGGAAGAGGAAGGCUUAAAAGAUGAUGAGAAAAGAAUUAGGAGAUCAGCACACGCCCGAAAAGAAACAGAGUUUCUGCGCCUAAAAAGAACAAGACUUGGAUUGGAAGACUUUGAGUCUUUAAAAGUAAUAGGCAGAGGAGCAUUUGGAGAGGUGCGGCUUGUUCAGAAGAAAGACACGGGGCACGUGUACGCAAUGAAAAUCCUACGCAAAGCAGACAUGCUUGAAAAAGAGCAGGUUGGCCAUAUUCGAGCAGAGCGUGACAUUCUAGUGGAGGCAGACAGUUUGUGGGUUGUUAAAAUGUUCUAUAGCUUUCAGGAUAAGCUAAACCUCUACCUAAUCAUGGAGUUCCUGCCUGGAGGUGAUAUGAUGACAUUAUUGAUGAAAAAAGAUACCCUAACUGAAGAGGAGACUCAGUUUUAUAUAGCAGAGACUGUGCUAGCUAUUGACUCGAUUCAUCAGCUGGGUUUCAUUCAUCGUGAUAUCAAGCCAGAUAAUCUCCUUUUGGACAGUAAGGGUCAUGUGAAGCUUUCAGACUUUGGUCUGUGUACUGGCCUAAAGAAAGCUCAUAGAACAGAAUUCUACAGAAAUUUGAGCCACAGUCUUCCUAGUGACUUCACUUUUCAGAAUAUGAAUUCCAAAAGGAAAGCAGAAACUUGGAAAAGAAACAGACGGCAAUUGGCCUUCUCCACAGUGGGAACUCCAGAUUAUAUUGCUCCAGAGGUCUUCAUGCAGACGGGCUACAAUAAGCUUUGUGACUGGUGGUCACUUGGGGUCAUCAUGUAUGAGAUGCUAAUCGGUUACCCUCCUUUCUGUUCAGAGACUCCUCAAGAAACAUACAAGAAAGUGAUGAAUUGGAAAGAGACUCUAAUAUUUCCACCAGAAGUUCCAAUUUCUGAGAGAGCUAAAGAUCUUAUUCUAAGAUUUUGUUGUGAGUGGGAACAUCGAAUUGGUGCCCCAGGUGUUGAAGAAAUCAAAACAAACCCUUUUUUUGAAGGGGUUGACUGGGAGCAUAUCAGGGAGAGACCAGCUGCAAUAUCAAUAGAAAUAAAAAGUAUUGAUGAUACGUCAAACUUUGAUGAAUUUCCAGAAUCUGAUAUCCUUAAACCAGCAGUGACCACCAGUAACCAUCCAGAGACAGACUACAAGAAUAAAGACUGGGUCUUUAUCAAUUACACCUACAAGCGUUUUGAGGGCCUGACAGCUCGAGGGGCAAUACCAUCCUACAUGAAAACUGGAAAGUAAUGAUUCACAGUGGAACUGUUCCUGAGCCUUCAUUCCUGCUUGUUGGCACAAUUAUUUUUCCCUAUGCUUCAAGAACGUUACCUGAGGGUUGUGAACUCUUUGAGAAGUCUGCCGGAUAAUAUCUUUUAUGCACUGUUUACAUUGAAAUGGAUUUAUUCAUUGAAAGCUUCCACAAACCACACUUAAAAUCUGCUUUUGCAGAAUUUACUGUGGAUAUAGGUUCUUCCUGCUUUAGUUAACGCUCUUAAGACUGUUACUUCCAUCAAAAAGGAGAGAGCAAGCUUUUACUUACUAACAUUGCAAAGCAUAGCAUCAUUGUGAUUUUUGUGUGUGUGUUCUGUCACAAGUGCUGUGCUACAGUACAGCACUGUUCUAAGGGCUAAGAUAUUCUAGAGGAAAUAGAGCAAUAACUAGAAUGAGGUAGACCAAAUUCUCAGUAAGUUUUAUCCCAUAGGAAGGCAAAACCUGUAUUGCCUUAAAGGUCACUAGUGUUUUUAUAUUUGGGUCAAAAGCCUUUUGGAUUGCAUUUUUUUUCUACUCAACAAUAGCCUCAAAGCCUGCUGCACUUUACUGUUGGUACUAAAAUAGCAGCCCUAAAAUGUUAAACUUCUUUCUAAAUUUUCAAUUUGUGAAAUACUUUGUGCUUUUUAUGAGCAAUGUUUAGAGGAGGGUGAUUCCUAGUAAAAUUUAUUCUGUGCAACAUUUUUUCAGCUGCUUGGUAGAAAGCAGGUCACUAGAAAUAAUAGUUAUUGGCACACUGUGGCUUAUACUGUCAGGAACCAUGUCCUUACAAAUUUGAUGUUGGAGAAGGAAGAAAGUGUGUCUGUCUCCUUCUCCUCCCUGCUCCCACCCACCAGUCUUUGAUUAAUCGAAGCCCAGAAGUUGCUACAAGCCAAGAAUGGUAAUGUGUGAAGUUUGAACUAGUAGCAUGAUGAUGCUUUGGAAUGUCAUCCUUCUGUAGCUUGGACGCUGAGAACAUUAAAGUGCCUUGGGAUGCUUCCUGUAGAGGUUGCUAGUGGAAACUCCUAGGGUAAUGGAGAUUGUAUUGAUCAGGCUAAGAGUUUUUUUGUAGUGUAGUUCCACAUCUUGGAGUUUGCUUGUGUGAUUAGGUGGCCUUAAUAACUUUUAAAACAUUUUAAUAGCAUUCAGAACCCCUGUCCUCCCCAAUCUCUGCAUGAUGCAACAUAUUGCAAUGAUAUAAGAGCUCCAUGUCAUUCAUCAUUAUUACUUGCUGUCCUGUGUAUUCAACUAUCUUUGAUACAUGUUGGGUGUCUUGUUCUAAACACCGGUAAGUUUCAGACAGAGGGUUAGCUAUGUAGGAAUAGGCCCCGUGUUUAUCUGGGAGCCAAGAUGAGGACAGAAAAGCCAGAGGAUGAAAUCUAAAGAUAGUAUUUUGGGAAAUAUGAAGUACAUCAGGAUCUUUAUCAGGUGAUUUGAUAAGAACAUGAACUUUCAUUUUGUAAGAUGCUCUGGCAGGGUUUAUUGAUUGAUAAAGUAGACUAAAAGCAGCUCAAGUGCUUCGUUCUUAGAUCAAACCGAGGGACCAAGAUUCUGUUGUUGCAAUUUAGAAAGCACUUGCCAAAGAUCAUUGUAGCUGUUGUCGUUAAAAGUCUGCUUGAUGAAGCCUGCUGUGAUAUUGCAAUGACAGAUGCCUUGACCACACUCACUGAAUGUAGAUUCGUAUUUCAUUUGGGUUCAUCUCUCAUUAUUCUAGUGGCUUAGGAUUGUUUUCCCAGAAUGUUGACAAAAAGCUGUUUUAGUAGUCAUUGUACCUUAAAGAUAGUGUCCCCUUUCCCCCUCCUUCCACCACUCCAACCAAUACAGCAGUUUUAUGUAGUAGGGUUUUUUGUUCUUGUCUGCCAUGAAUUUACUGUCUAACUUGGUAUUCCCUCAAACACACAAUCGUUUUUCUAGAGGUAGAACUAGAGAAGCUUCAAUGAAAAAGUUGUUGGGGAAGGACUACAAUACAAAAAUACUUCAAAUUUUGGCUUUGACAAAGAACUGUAUUUAAAGAGAGACUACAGGGAAGUAACUCUUGUUCUUGCUUUCAUGUCUCCACUGUGCCUAGUUUGUAAUUAUAACUGUGCUUCAAUGACGUGUCCCACACGUGGUGGGGGAUAAAGUGUUUGCUUACUUGCUAGAUAAUGAUGGGUUAGAUAAUGAUGAGUUAAAUUUCCAGUACUUGCUGAAUGUUUAAAAUAUGUAGCAUUCCUAACUGGUGCUUAUAAAGCCUUCAUUAACAUAAAAAGGCUGUAGAAGACUUCAGGAUCAUCUGAUUGCAUAGAGAGGUGCUCAGCCAAUAACUUGCACAAAAGGAAAGAAAAAUAUAUUGCUGCAUGCUUCUUCUGCAUUGUCCUUUUGCAUUAUGACCAUUUCACAAAGCAUCUCUGUGCCACAGUGUGACAGAUUUGAAUGACUGUAUGUACAUGAGCAAAUGAGUUGCCACACUAGAUGUAAUUUUCUGUGUCUUCCACCGUUGGGAAUUUCUGGGAGGUUUAUCUUUUACACGUUGUAGUGAAAAUGAAUGGAGUGUAUUGUUGCAAGGGGGAGCCUAAUGCUGUGGUCUUGGCAGCAGCUAAGAUGGGAGUUGACUUUCCUGAGACUUUUGACACUUUUAUUGCAGCAAGUGGAGGCUAUUAACAAAUGUGUAUGGAAUAGAGAUAUGUGUAUUUGGGGAUCUAGAACAUCAGUCUAGGGUUGUUGUUUUUUAAUCAACCAUUUUACUCUCGCUUAGCAUUACAAAUUGAAUUCCUAUAGCUCUCUUUUUAAAAAAAAACACUAAAGCAGGGAUGUUCAUUGAGUAGACCAUAUAGGCUGUUAGACGUAAAAGUUGGUUCCCUCUUGACUGCAAUUAAGAGUGGAGUAUGUGAGUUCCCUACCUGUUGCACCCCCUUCCACUUGCUGAUUUCCCCUUCCCAUCUUAACAAUGGCAAACUAAGGUUCCUCUUUAGUCAGAAUUUGAGGCCAGCAUGUAAACUAUAGUUCCAGCUCCUCCAUAAAUAGGAACUCCAGUUAGGUUUAGCUGCAGUUACUAUCGGUGUUAAUGUUAACACUUAGCAACAAUUAAGACAGGAGAAACUGGAGAGUGUGCUGCCCAUUGCAGAUGUCCAACCUCAUAUUGCUGACUCUCUGCCACCUUUGAUUAAGUCUGCACCAGCUCAUAUUAAUCUCUCAAGGAAAAACCAGAGGCCAACAUUCAGUGUAACAUAAAAUGGUCAGCGCUGCUCCACCUACGCUCCUGCAGGCUUGCAGUGAAGAGCUGGCAGCCUUGUGCUUUUGCAUGAGGGUGCAUAUACUUUGAUUAGUGUGCCCUUACUCUGGAAGUGCUAGUUUGAUUAGGAAAAUGUCGCUGAUUGUCAGACAUACACGCCCGAUCCAACUAGUACUUCCAGAGUACAGACGGGCAAAUCAACAUUUUUGCACUCUUGCACAAAAGUGGAAGACUGCCAGCACUCUACUGUGAGCCGCAGCAGCUCUGAUGAAUCAGUGCUACACGGGAGGUUGGCCACAGUCUUUCUGGAAUGGCACAUUUUGUUCCCUGAAAACUAGUUUUAGAUCUAGUAGCCAAACAAUUACACAUCUUACUAUUUUAUCGGCUUGUAUAUUUUCCUGGGGUUUUUUUUUUGCUGUCCUGAAGUAUUGAAUGAUGCUGGAGUCUCCCCAACAUACCCCCAAAGCUGCAAAAUGAGUUAGGCGCGUGUGAGUGCAGGAGAGAAUAAACUUCCUAGCUGAGAUGUAUAUAAGCAAUGCUGCUGGUUGUAUGAGAUUCCUAGCACAGUAUUGCACUUAGGUACUGCUUAACCAAUGUGCCUGGGUUCUGUCUAAUUUUGGCAGAUGAAAAUUGGUUUUGUAUCUGCAUACAACUGUUACUAAUGGCAAUAUAAAAUUGGUAUACUUUGUAUGUGAUUCUGGGGUUUUGUGUGAAGACCAACUUUUUAUGGAACAAUCUUUGCAUUCUGAGCUGUUUAAAAUCAUUGCUCUUCAAUAAAUGUAGUUUUGCUAAUG